AUGGCUGGGAUUAAUGAAGUGAAUACUAACGAAUCGAAGAGAGUGGUACCUCUCAACACAUGGAUCCUAAUCUCAAACUUCAAGCUUGCCUACAACAUGCUCCGAAAGCCCGACGGCUCGUUCGACCGCGAUUUAAACGAAUUCCUCGACCGUAAAGUACCCGCCAACUCAAACCCUAUCGCCGGAGUCUACUCGUUCGAUGUCAUCAUAAACCGCUCCACGGGCCUCCUCAAUCGGGUCUACUUGCCUGCCCCCGACAAUGGGCUUGGGCCCAUUUACGGAUUUCCCGAGCCCGAUCAGCCCCUAAGCUCGACCGGGCCCGUGCCCGUCAUCAUCUUCUUCCAUGGCGGAAGCUUCGUCCACUCCUCCGCCAACAGUGCCAUAUACGACACGUUCUGCCGUCGCCUCGUCGCCAUUUGUCGGGCAGCCGUUGUCUCGGUUAACUACCGCCGCUCGCCGGAGCACCGCUGCCCAGCCGCUUACGAGGACGGUUGGGCAGCCUUGAUGUGGGCCCGGUCGAGGCCCUGGCUGACAAGUUGCGGCGAAGGGGAGGCCCCGAAGGUUCGCGCCUACCUGGCGGGGGACAGCUCGGGCGGCAACAUAGCCCACCACGUGGCGGCCCGGGCAGCCGAGGAAGGAGUCGAGGUUUUGGGCAGCAUUUUAUUGCACCCUUUGUUCGGCGGGAAGGAAAGGACCGAUUCGGAGAAAAGAUUGGACGGGAAGUAUUUUGUGAAAAUCGAGGAGCGGGAUUGGUAUUGGCGGGCUUAUCUGCCCGAAGGGGAGGACAGGGACCACCCGGCUUGUAAUGUGUUUGGGCCGAGGGCCAGACCUGUUAAGGGGCUCGGUUUUCCCAAGAGUUUGGUGGUGGUGGCCGGAUUGGAUCUUUUGCAAGACUGGCAAUUGGGUUAUGUUGAUUGGUUGAGGGAAAACGGCCAAGAUGUUCGGUUGCUUUUUCUCGAGAAGGCGACAAUAGGGUUCUAUUUCUUGCCGAACAACGAGCAUUUUUGUUGCCUUAUGGAUGAGUUGACCGACUUUUUGCACUCGUGA